GAAAAAAAACAGGCAGCAUAUGGCUGCAGGACAGCCAACACAUAGGAAGGAAGGAGGAAAAGGAUAGGCUGCUGCAAUUAGUGAAACCAGAAAUGGAAGCAAGUCUAAUUGGAGUAGUUAUGAACACCAAAAGCCAUAAAUCUCUGGGGUUACCAUCCGGAUGGAAAACCAUCGGUCCAGAUUCACUCUUCAAGAAAUCUAACGGUUCAUGGAUAUGUUUUCCCAGACCCAAACCCUCCCCACCAAGACCCAUCAUCAGUUCUGCCAUCCCAACCAUACCAGAGAUCAUGGAGACAUCAAGAGCUCAGAAUGUUGACCUCCAGCUCACCACGGUGGGACCCUUUUUCAGGGUAACAGCCAGAAACCUGAAAACCAAGAAUGAGAUUGGGGUGGCUCAAGGGGUAACGAGGGUAUGGUUUGGGGGCAAAAUUUUGCAUCUAGACUCCAUUAAGCUGAGGAAGGAGACAGUUGGGAUGGAGAAGUCUUUAUUUGGGAUAGGAGUUUUUAUUGGAGCAGUGGCAAUCAGACAUGGAUAUGACUGUGGAUGUACCAAAGCUGAGUUGCUCGCCAUUAAUGACACUCCUCUUUACCACUCCAAGCUGGUCAGAUUCUACAAAAGAAUAGGGUUCAAAGUGGUGCAAGAAGUGAAGGGUGAGUCACUGGGAGAUGUGGGGCACAUGCUAGUUUGGGGAGGUAUAGGGACCAGAAUGGAUGCUGAAAUUAAAGAUCUCCUCAUCAAAUGGUGUUCCAGAUUCAAACCAGUACAAGGGCUCCAGCCUGACUCACCUGAAAUAUCUCCCCCAAACUGCCUCCCACCACUGAAUGAUAAGAGUUCUGUAUAAUCUUGAUUCACUAUGGUUUUAUUUCUUUUUAGCCAAACAAAGUCAGAAUAGUUUGUUUCGUUUCCUAUGUACAUUUUCUGCAGGAAAUAGAAAAAUAUUGUUGGCACAAUACACAGUAAAGGGUCUUGGCAGUCAAAUAAU